UUAUACCAUACAUUUUUUGGGUUUAUAAAUAGCUAUGUACAUUCAUAAACAAAAAUCACAAGUACCAUUACCACCAAUGUCAAUCAAGCAACUAUUUCCUUUGCUUCUUCUCAUCUGCGUGGCGGUGGCUGCCACGGCCGCGGAUGCAGCUGUCACGUGCAACACGGUGUAUACUGACCUCGAACCAUGUCUUGGUUUUGUGUUAAACGGUGGACCUACCGUGCCUUCAGCAUGUUGUGGUGGGCUUAAAUCUCUACUCGUUGCUGCGGGUACUACAGCUGACCGUCAAAGCGCUUGCAAAUGCAUAAAGAGCCUUGCUUCAAGUGCUAAUGGAGUUCAAAUUGGCCGUGCUACUCAACUCCCUGGAAUAUGUAAGGUUAAUGUUCCUUACCAGAUUAGUCCAAAUGUUGAUUGCUCAAAGAUCACAUAACACACAUUUUCUAUGAAUUUAUUUUAGUGAGUGUGGGAUAUUUAUGUCCCUUUAUUUCCUAUUAAAUAAAACUUCAAUAAUAAUAUCACAUUUUGUAUGCCUUCUUAUUUUACCAAUUAGUCAAAUUUUGCUAUUUGA